UCGACAAGGAUCGCUGCAUACAGUCCUGUUUAACAAGCGGGUUUUUGUGCUUGUGUUUCAGUGCUUUUCCGGUGAAGUAAAAAUCAUCACAUUAUUGAAAAAGAACCCUAUGCAUGCCUGGAAUUUAUUCACCUUGUCCAAGUGUGCAACAUAGACACAUAGAUAAUAUCCCCCAAAAACCCUACGAAGUGCCGCUGAGUCCGUGUCCAUUUUUUGCAUGAGACGGAGCUGAUCAUUUCCUGCCUGUAAACGAAAGUGAAAUUAAGUGUCGGGAUUUUAAAGGCAGAGUCGCCAUUUUAUCAAGAUUCUGGAAUAAUGUAAAGAUAUUCUAUGUUUCAAGAGGCCCCAGCAGGAAUCAUCUGGUCUGGAUCAGCAUCAAAAUGGACGGAUCUGCUUCUGAAAUGCGCCCCCCUGUGGGGUGUAACAGAAAGAGCGCUGAGAGUGUCCCGAUGAAGAGAACAGACUCCCCUGUACCCAGCUGUGUUUCCAUGAAGAGUGACUGGUCAAUGGGAAAACCACUCAACUUCAGAGAGGGACCUUUUCCUACAGAUCAAAGAGACCAAAUGGAAGAUUGCAGUUCAGAUCUACAUGAUAAAUCGGGUUUAUCAUCCAUAUUGAAGUCGCUAGAGGUAAAAGCCAUGAAGUUCCUAAAGGAGGAACUGAAGACGUUUGUGAGGCACCUAGAUCAGAAUUACCCAGAAUGCUCUGAGCCUCAGCUGGAGGAGGACAAUGACCUGGACUGUGAUGGUCAGAUGCAGAAGACCAGUGUUAGAGAGGUAGCUCUGAAGAUCACAGUGUACAUCCUGAGGAUCAUGAAACAUAAUGAUCUUGCUGACCUGCUGGACAAGAGACAGCUCAUGCUGCAACAUCAACAGGAAAUGAAAUGUAAACUUAAGAAGCAAUUUGAGUGUGUAUUUGAAGGGAAAGCUAAGGAAGGACAGCCAACACUUCUCAGUGAGAUUUACACAGAACUCUACAUAACUGAAGGUGGGACUGGAACAGUCAAUGAUGAACAUGAAGUGAGACAGAUUGAAACAGCAUCCAAGAAAAGGCGAACAGAAGAUACUACAGUCAAGUGCAAUGAUAUAUUUAAACCCUUAUGUGGGCAUGAGACACCAAUCAGAACUGUACUCACUAAAGGGGUGGCAGGUAUCGGGAAAACAGUCUCUGUGCAGAAAUUUAUUCUCGACUGGGCAGAAGGAAAAGCAAACCAGGAUGUUCACUUCAUAUUUGCUCUUCCUUUCCGGGACCUGAAUUUGAUUAAGGGUGAAUACAGUCUCAUUGAACUGCUUUGCCACUUUGUCCCAGGACUGAAAUCUCUUGAAUCCACUGAGCUGUUUAUGUACAAAAUCUUGUUCAUCUUUGAUGGUCUGGAUGAGUGUCGCCUUCCUCUCGAUUUUCAGAACAAUGAGAGCUGGUUUGAUGUAACAAAGAAAACGUCACUGGAUGUGCUGUUGACUAACCUCAUUAAGGGGAAUCUGCUCCCAUCCGCUCUCCUCUGGAUAACCUCCCGGCCAGCAGCAGCCAAUCAGAUACCUCCUGAGUGUGUCCACCAGGUGACAGAGAUACGAGGGUUCAGUGAUGCCCAGAAGGAGGAGUAUUUCAGGAGGAGAUUUAGGGAUCAGAGCGUGGCCAGCAGGAUUAUCACACAUGUGAAAUCAUCAAGGAGCCUCUUCAUCAUGUGCCACAUACCUGUGUUCUGCUGGAUUUCAGCCACUGUGCUUAAGAGGUUUUUUAGUGAGACUGACAGGGGAGAAAUUCCAAGGACUCUGACUGAAAUGUACACACACUUCCUGAUCUUUCAGACAAGUUUAACAAAUGACAAGUAUAUGAAAAAACAAGAAACUAAGCUUAAAGAAUACAGCAAGGAAUUCCUUUUAAAACUUGGUAAACUUGCUUUUGACAACCUUGAGAAAGGCAAUCUCAUAUUUUAUGAGCAAGAUCUGACAGGGAAUGGCAUUGAUGUCACUGAAACUUCAGUUUACUCUGGAGUGUGCACAGAAGUCUUUAAAGAGGAGUAUGGGUUGUACCAGGAGAAGGUGUACUGCUUUGUGCAUCUGAGCAUCCAGGAGUAUCUCGCUGCUUUAUAUGUGUUUCUGUCAAACACAUCAGCUGACCUGCUGAAGACUGCAGUGGAUCAGGCAUUAGAGAGCAAGAAUGGACACUUGGACCUCUACCUCCGCUUCCUCCUGGGCCUCUCAACAGACUCCAGUAAGACUCUGUUACAAAGGCUACUGGGGCCGACAAGAAUCAGCUCACAUACCAUUAUGGAAACAGUCCAAUACAUCAAGGAGAAAAUACAGGAGAAUUUAUCUCCAGAAAGGACCAUCAACCUGUUCCACUGUCUGACUGAGCUGGGUGACAAUUCUCUAGUAGAGGAAGUACAAAGAUACCUGAAUUCAGGAAACAUUUCAGUAGAUGACCUCUCACCUGCACAGUACUCAGCUCUGGCCUUUGUGAUGCUGAUGUCAGAUGAGCAGCUGGAUGUGUUUGAUCUGAAGAAAUACAUCAGAUCAGAUAAACAGCACUGCAGGCUGCUGCCUGUGGUCAAGAACUCCAGGACGGCUCUGCUGAACAGCUGCGAUCUCAUAGAUAAACACUUUGAAGUGCUGUCUUCAGCUCUAAGAUCAAACUCUUCCCCCCUGAGAGAGCUGGACCUGAGUGACAAUAACCUGAAGGAUUCAGGAGUGAAGCUGCUCUCUGCUGCACUGGGGGAUUUACACUGUAAACUGAAGAUAUUGAGGUUGUCAGGCUGUAGAGUCACAGAAGAAGGCUGUUCUUCCCUGGCUUCAGCUCUGAAGUUAAACCCCUCACACCUGAGAGAACUGGAUCUGAGCUACAAUCACCCAGGACACUCAGGAGUGAAGCUGCUCUCUGCUGUACUGGAGGAUCUCAGCUGUAAACUGGAGAAGCUGCAGGUGGGCUUGUGUGAACUCACAGAGAAAUGCUGUGAGGCACUGGCUUCAGCUCUCAGAUCAAACUCCUCACCCCUGAGAGAGCUGGACCUGAGUGACAAUGACCUGCAGGACUCAGGAGUGAAGCUGCUUUCUGCUGGACUGGGGGACUUACACUGUAAACUGGAGAUACUGAGACUGUCAGGCUGUAGAGUCACAGAAGAAGGCUGUUCUUCCCUGGCUUCAGCUCUGAGAUCAAACCCCUCACACCUGAGAGAGCUGGACCUGAGCUACAAUCACCCAGGAGACUCAGGAGUGAAGCUGCUCUCUGCUGUACUGGAGGAUCCCAGCUGUAAACUGGAGAAGCUGCAUGUGGAUUACGGUGGAGAGUGCAGGACCAGACCAGGCUUACAGAAAUACUCCUGCCAGCUGACGCUGGACCCCAACACAGCAAACAGACGCCUGUCUCUGUCAGGGGGGAACAGGAAGGUGACAGAGGGGCGACACCCAAAGCAUAACUGUCACGAUCAGUUGCGGGGAGAGUGGUGA